ACAUUCUUCGUCAGUUGUUCCGUUAUCUUCCGUACUUUUUCCAGAGUAAGGAUACGGGUUCAUUGAAUAAAAAAAUUGCUGUGUUAGAACUUCUAACUGAAGUUAUGAUAAGGAUUGAUCACAUGUCGCAAAGCAGUAUAGAUGAGUUGACGAAGUUCCCUUUCACCAUGCUUUUACAUUUGGAAGCCAUUAUAUUGAAGUGCCACGAGUUAGCGGAUCAUCAGUUUGUUAAACAGAAUAUCUAUAGGAUGGUGCUGGAAGUUGACUGGUCAGUGCUAAUUGGAGCUGAAUUUUUGUUGUGUUUCCUGUCAAAGGCCGAUCUGGUACAGUCGAAUAUAUGGUUCAUCAUGCUAGUGCGAUAUCUGGAAAUGGAAUAUACCGAAGAACAUAUUGACGAGGAAUCCUUGAAGGGGGCAAGCUACGUUUCAGAUUUGUGCACGUUUUUGGAUGUGUGUUAUUUGAAACAGUACCAAGUACCGGUGUUCCUAGUAAAAUAUGUGCUGGAGGGGAUAGCGCGUUUUCAGAAUCACCCUCUCUUCAAGACGAACCAAACUAUUCAUAGCAAGCAGCUACGUCUGCUGAUGCCGCCUAAAGACCCGGAAACCAUUUACGGCCUGCUUCCUGCCAGUAUCCCGCGCCUGAAAUGGUUUCAACAAAGUCACCUACCUUGGAAAGCUCAAUUUUUAUACCGCCAACGCCUAGAGGCUUUACAGGAGCGAUUAUUCCCGAUGCACACAGUAAACGAAGCUUUGCUGUCCACGUUCCCAAUAGAAAUGCUGUUUUCGGUGCUCUGUAGCAAAAAUUCCAAUCCGAUAGGACAAACCAAUGCUUCCAUAAUAUUGUCUCGCGUAGUUUUGUCGGAGCCUCUGCUCCAAACACUCAUCGACAAGAAGCUUGCCAAGAAACGUGAUCAAAACUGGUAUCAAUAUCUGCGAGCCAUGUACAGUUCCCUGGGAGAACUAAGCGAGAAAUCUCGGUUUCAAUUAAUUUCUUUCAUAUCGAAUAUUUUGAAACCGUCCGAAUUGGAUACUGCAAGUAGUGUGCUGGUCAUCGACAGUUUGACGCAACUUUUCACUACCAAUCAGCAAACAGACGGUGACAUAACCGAAGGGACAAAGUUCGGAUAG